GAUAAAAACACUGUUAUGAUCUUCAGUAACACAGCGUGCAGUCUCUCUGCUAAGGUGAAGGAGCUGUUCAAAUCCAUGAGCGUUCCCUACUGUUCACUUGAACUAGACCAGACAGAGGAUGGGCAGAAGCUGCAAGACGUACUGUAUGAACUAACCAUGGAAACUUCAGUACCAAUUGUAUUUGUGCAACAGAAGCAAAUAGGAGAUUAUGACAAAACUUUAAAGGCACAUAAGGAAGGAAAGAUUCAAAAACUACUUGAAACAAAGGGACAUGAUCAUGUACAGGAUUCCUAUGACUAUGAUCUCAUUGUCAUUGGAGGGGGUUCUGGAGGUCUGGCUGCUUCCAAGGAGGCUGCCAAGUAUGGCAAGAAAGUGCUGGUGCUGGACUACGUUACUCCUACUCCUCAGGGAACUAGAUGGGGUCUUGGAGGGACGUGUGUAAAUGUGGGUUGUAUACCUAAAAAACUGAUGCACCAGGCAGCUUUGCUAGGACAAGCCUUACAAGAUUCACGCAAGUUUGGAUGGCAGUUUGAGGAGAAAGUCAAACACAGCUGGGAGACGAUGACAGAAGCUGUUCAGAAUUACAUUGGCUCUCUCAACUGGGGCUACAGGGUGUCUUUGAGAGAGAAGAAGGUCACAUACGAGAAUGCUUUCGGAGAAUUUGUUGGGCCGCACACAAUUAAGGCAACAAAUAACAAAGGAAAAGAGAAAUUUUACACAGCGGAGAAAUUUCUGAUUGCCACUGGUGAAAGGCCGCGCUACCUGGGUGUCCCUGGAGACAAGGAAUACUGCAUUAGCAGUGAUGAUCUCUUCUCUCUGCCUUACUGUCCAGGGAAGACCCUGGUGGUUGGAGCUUCCUACGUUGCCCUUGAAUGUGCUGGAUUUCUUGCAGGUCUUGGUUUGGAUGUAACUGUAAUGGUACGAUCCAUCCUUUUAAGAGGAUUUGAUCAGGAAAUGGCAAACAAAAUUGGGGAACAUAUGGAAGAACAUGGAGUCAAGUUUAUUAGAGAGUUUGUGCCAACUAAGGUCGAACGAAUUGAGGAAGGAACUCCUGGCAAAUUGAAAGUCAUAGCCCAGUCCACAGAUGGCAGGGAAAUAAUUGAAGGGGAAUACAACACUGUGUUGUUAGCAGUAGGAAGGGAUGCAUGCACAAGAACAAUCGGCUUAGAUAAAGUCGGAGUGAAGAUCAAUGAAAGAUCAGGAAAAAUUCCUGUCAGUGAUGAGGAACAAACUAAUGUGCCUUAUAUUUAUGCCAUUGGAGAUGUGUUGGAGGGCAAGCUGGAGCUCACACCAGUGGCAAUCCAAGCAGGUAGAUUGUUGGCUCGAAGGCUUUAUGCUGGAGCAACCUUAAAGUGCGACUAUGUGAAUGUUCCAACCACAGUGUUCACACCACUGGAAUACGGAGCCUGUGGAUUCUCAGAAGAGACAGCAUUGGAGAAGUUUGGGGAGGAAAAUAUUGAGGUUUACCAUAGUUAUUUCUGGCCACUGGAGUGGACUGUCCCAUCUAGAGACAACAACAAAUGCUAUGCAAAGAUAAUCUGCAAUAUUCAAGAUAAUGAGCGAGUUAUCGGUUUCCAUGUGCUUGGUCCAAAUGCUGGAGAAGUUACCCAGGGGUUUUCAGCAGCCAUCAAAUGUGGACUGACAAAAGCGCAGUUGGACAACACAAUAGGAAUUCAUCCAGUUUGUGCAGAGAUAUUCACCACGCUGUCAGUGACUAAGCGUUCUGGUGGAAAUAUCCUUCAGUCUGGCUGCUGA